AUGGGCAAUAAGGAAAUGACAUAUCAUUUUUUUGACCCCGAAACGUUAGAAACGUCAGAAAAGCAGAACAGAAAACGAGAACCAAAUAUGUUUAUCUCAUAUCGUAAAGAAAGGAUGAAAGAUCGACCACUUAAUAUAACAAUGACAGAAUUUAGCAAAAUAGUGUCGGAAGAAUGGAAAAAGCUAUCAGAAACUGAAAAAGCUAAAUGGCAAAGAAAGUACCAUAUUAGUCGGGAUCAAAAAUUACAAAAGGCGGUAGUUAACGAUGAUGUUAACGAAGCGAGUGAAAGAUCGAAUAUUGCAAUUACAAACCUAAUUAAUAAUAAAAAUGCUAUAAAUAAUACUGGCACAGAAUGUGUAGAAUACACACAAUGCAAAAGGAUAAAAAAAUAA